UACAAUUUCCUACAAUCUUACACGACAACAAGGUGCUGUAAUAAAAGCAAAACAGAAACACACACCGGAUCUCAAGUUGAAAGCUUUUUUCAACUUAUCUUCCUUGUGCACUACCCCCAUCUCCGUCUUCUUCUUCAGCGACCUUUAGCUGAGCAUGUUUUCUUUUUUCGUUUCAGCUGUUUCUGGUUUGGAGAAUGGUGUAAAGAUCUGUUGCCUGGCGAAUCAUAGAGUUGGAGAGACCGGUUUGACUGACUCGGGAACUUCGAAUCGCCAUCAUCAUAAUAUCCCUUAUGCAGUUCUUCAUGGAAUGAAUGUUCCCACAAGUUUCAUCCAUCAAGAAGGUUCCUCCGAUUUAGGAGAUCUAGAAGAAGCAAUUGUGGUGCAGGGAGUCAAGAUCCGAAACGAUGAAGCUAAACCACCUUUAUUCACACCAGGCAGACCAGCAGCUACCCUGGAGAUGUUCCCUUCUCGGCCAAUGAGAUUUCAACAAAUCCCAAGAGGAAGUUCAAAAUCAGGAGGGGAAAGCGCUGAUUCAGGUUCAGCAGUGAAUACAAUCUCCAGCAAAACUGAGAACCAGCUUGAACCGGAAUCUCCGAUCAAUAGUACUAGAAAGACAACUCCUUUGGUUCAACAACAGCAAAAACAACAAGAUAUGGCGAGUGAAAUCUCAAGACCCCAAGAAAAGAAAAGGGGUUCAACUUCUGAGAAACAGCUUGAUGCUAAGACACUAAGACGGUUAGCACAAAACAGAGAAGCCGCCAGGAAAAGUCGUCUUAGAAAAAAGGCUUAUGUUCAACAACUAGAAUCAAGUAGAAUAAAGCUAACCCAACUGGAGCAAGAUCUUCAGAGAGCACGAUCUCAGGGCUUUUUCUUGGGAGGUUGUGCUGGUGCUGUUGGAAAUAUCAGCUCUGGGGUUGCAAUCUUCGACGUGGAGUAUUCGAGAUGGUUAGAAGAUGAUCAAAGGCACAUGUUGGAGCUUAGAACUGGACUAAAUGCACACCUUUCCGACAGCGACCUUAGAAUAAUCGUAGACAGUUACAUAUCACAUUACGAUGAGAUUUUCCGGUUGAAGGUCGCUGCCGCAAAAGCCGAUGUCUUCCACCUUAUAACCGGCAUGUGGACGACUCCGGCGGAACGCUGCUUCCUUUGGAUGGGAGGUUUCAGGCCUUCCGAGCUCAUCAAGAUGUUAAUAUCUCAAUUAGAUCCAUUAACUGAGCAGCAAGUGAUGGGGAUCUAUAGCCUCCAGCAUUCUUCACAACAGGCGGAAGAGGCACUCACCCAAGGCCUCGAACAGCUCCAGCAGUCGCUGACCGACACCAUUGCCGGCCGUCCAGUCGUCGACGGAAUGCAACAAAUGGCUGUUGCCUUAGGCAAGCUUGCCAAUCUUGAAGUCUUCGUUCGCCAGGCUGACAAUUUAAGACAGCAAACCCUUCACCAGUUGUCUCAAAUAUUGACGGUCCGACAAGCGGCGCGGUGUUUUCUGAUGAUCGGAGAGUACUACGGACGUUUGCGAGCACUCAGUUCCCUCUGGGCGUCUCGUCCUCGAGAGAGCAUGAUGAGUGAUGAUCACUCGUGCCAAACAACAACAGACUUGCAAAUGGUCCAACCCUCACACAAUCAUUUCUCAAACUUUUGAUAAAAGAAUAGAAAAAGAACAAAUCCUAUGCACAACAUAUCUGGAUUUUCCUCAAGCU